AAAGGCCACAAUCUCUGCCAAAUGGAAUUCUUUCCAAAUAAAUAAAUAAAUGUAACCCCAACUGGCAAAUCAAAAAGCUUUAAUUCCCUUCAUCUGCAGCUUACAUAAAAAAAGGAAAAAAUCUCUGCACUUGCGCACAGAUAAUAAUAGCAGAUAGCGACAAUCCACUUCAAGCCCUUAUCUUCUUCUUCACAGCACACACACUGCCCCAUUUAAUAGUUUAAUACUCUUCAAUCUCUUAUUAUUUGUUCCCUCGACCUUUCUAUAUUCUUUUAACAAUUUUUUUGGCUCCAUUCUUCACCAACCUCAUACUAUUUCCUGUAUAUACAUUAUAUAAUAAGGUUAAGAUUAACAACCAAAUUCCUAGAAAAUGAAAUCACACAGUUGGUGUAGUUGAUAUUGGAUAAAACCCAGAUCUGAAAUUCCUUAUGUUUUAGUAUCUCAGGAUUAAAGCUCCAAUUUUGCAGCUCCUUUCCUGGAAUUGAACUGGUCUGUGCGGAAGAAAAGGUUUGGUUUUUAGCUGUUGAGUUUCUUUUCUUAUUAGCUUUUAUUUAUUUAUCGAUUGUUUGAUGAUUGGAGAUUACCAUAUAGAUAUUCUUGGAGUGGUUCAUUCGUUCGUUUAGUCACUUUCAGUUUCAUCACAUUGCGUAUGCUUUAGAAAGAUAAGAACGUUGGUUCUCCAAUUGGGUUUGUGCGUCAACUGUUUGAGUUGGUCUGUUGUGGAGUUUUAGAAUUGGGUGUAUGGUGUAUAUUAUUGCUGGGUGUUUGUGAAAGUUGGAAUCUUUGGAGGUUGGAAACCUUUUUGUUUGGCAAUGGAUUCGGGGGCGCAUGAUCUGCAAGGUAGCAGUGAGGUUUUGGGUGCAGUUGAUCAAAAGACGACUGAGAAAUCAAGAAAUUCUGUUGUUUGGUCGGUUGUUGAAACUGUCAUUGUGAUUGAAUCAGAAGAGGGUGCUUGUGUUAUUGGAAAAAAUGAAGAUUGGGAAGCAUUGGGAAAGGAAUUGGGGUCCAAAAAAGCAGUGGUGGAAGGACUUGAGAAGCUGAAUGAUAAGGAGGCAUGCGACCAGCCUGGUAGUGGUGUGGUUCCUAGUGAAGUUGAGCAAGGAAAUAAUAAGAAUUCAAACAAUUUGGCUGAUGGGAAUGUUUCUGAGACUCUGGUGGUCAUUAAUUCGGAUGAGGCUGCCCGUGUUACUGGAGAUAAUGGAAGAUUGGUUACAAAGGUUGACGAAUUGGGGUCGAGUAAGGUAUUGGUGGAAGAAUCAAAGAAGAUGGUGCCUCAAGCAGAGAAAGACUCACAUGUGAUUGAUGUGAGGUGUGGGAGUGGUAAAGGCUUUGGUGAUAAAUGGGAUGGGGAAAGGGUUUGUAGGAUUUGCCAUUUAAGUUCUGAACAAUCACCGGACAGAAAAAUUGAAACUGCUAAUAGUUCUACCCCUACGGAAUUAAUUCAUCUUGGUUGUGAGUGUAGAGAUGAGCUAGGUGUUGCACAUGGUCAUUGUGCCGAAGCAUGGUUUAAGCUAAAAGGAAACAGGACGUGCGAAAUCUGUGGUGAGACGGCGAACAAUGUCACUGGUCAUGGGGAUAGCAGAUUUAUGGAGGAGUGGAAUGAAGAAACGCUUUCUGGUAUUGAAAAUAACUCAUCGGACAGGAAUGGAGGAUGUUGGCGGGGACAGCCAUUUUGCAACUUUUUAAUGGCAUGUCUGGUAAUAGCCUUUGUACUUCCAUGGUUUUUUCGUGGAAAUAUGUUCUAGUCAGGGAUGUGGAUAAAGUAUUGAGGUCGUGUUGCAUUAUGUCUCAACGCUGCAUCCGUAGCGCACGUCAUGUGGAAUCUUACGACAUGUUGGCUUUAAUGGGAUUUUCUGGUCUAUUCACAUGUAAACAUACUCUGUCGGUUUCUGCAUAUAAGCCUGAAGAUUUGAGGUUUCAAAUGAUUAGAGUUGCCAUCAUGACAACUUAGGAGCAGAGUGCAGUUAUUUGGUGUUUUCUUUCAGUGUGACGGAUGAUAUUCUUAUGUUCUUUUUCUUUCUGGUGGGUUUUGGCAUAAACUUUAACAUUUGUUGCCGGAAAAAAGAAGAAAAAAGAGAGGCUAGGACAUGAAAUUAGAAAGCGAAAAAGUUGUUCUUAUUCCUUGGAGCUACCUUUUGCCAUACGCCAUCUUUGUUGUAGACUCCAUUAUACAAGUGAAAACCCAUCAUUGGUUUUA